GGAGGGCGUUGGAGCCGGGCGGGCCGGGUGCUCUUCGACUCGGGGCGGCUCACGGGGUACAGGAGGGGGCGCCGAGGGCCCGGGGGUUGGAGGGGGGCCCGUCAGGGAGCUUGACUCCCCCGGGUCCCAGCCGGCUGAGCGCGCUGCUCGGAGGCGCCGCCGAAGCCUGGGUUCGCCCUCCUGCAGACAUGGGGCGCAGAAAGUCCAAACGAAAGCCACCCCCCAAGAAGAAGAUGACAGGCACCCUAGAGACCCAGUUCACCUGCCCCUUCUGCAACCACGAGAAAUCUUGUGACGUGAAAAUGGACCGUGCCCGUAACACCGGAGUCAUCUCUUGUACCGUGUGCCUAGAGGAAUUCCAGACGCCCAUCACGUAUCUGUCAGAACCAGUGGACGUGUAUAGUGAUUGGAUAGAUGCCUGUGAGGCCGCCAAUCAGUAGCAAAACAGAGGACCCACCCCCUUAGCAGCUCUGUUGCCGAGGACCAGCCCACUGGGUACCAAUCCAGAGACAUUCCUGAGGUCCAGGGUGUGGGUCCAGGGCCUUCGCAGCCCCUGCCUGUGUGUGCAGUGGAUGUGGAUGUUUGGCUGCAAGUAUGGCCAUGGGGGUGUGCUCAGGGGCAGGGAACUCCGGGGACCUGAACUGCCUCCUUGGCUCCAAAAGCCUUUGACUUGCUCCCCAUUUGGACCCCUGACUCCCUGGCUCUGGAGCCCUGGCUUCUCCAGGGGCCAGUGUCCUGACAUCCAGGGUGAGGCAAGCCCACAGAGACAGUCUCAGGACUCUCCGCCUCCUCUCCCCCUCUCCAGCACCUUGCCUGUGUGAACUGGACCCACGCCCUCCUCUGCCUUCGAAGGACUGGCCUGGGACUCAACACCACUGGGUGGGGGCCCCGGUUCAUGUGUAGUUGCUUUUAUAGAAGAGGAAGGGGCUGGGAUGGGGACUGUUAGUCACCAGCCCUUAAAUAAAGCAGCCGAUGCAGA